UACCAUCUCUGCCUGUGCCUUCUUGCUUUUCUUUUCUUUUCUCUAUUGUAUUCUUGAUGGAUUCUUCAAUGCCCCCUUCUUGUUUUCAUUCCACCCUUCAUUUAACACUCCCUUUGACUAUUUGUUUCCCUCACUGCUCCCUCUCUUUCUCCCCACUCCGCCAUUGAACCCCAAUCUAUGCUACCACCCUGCAUAAAGUUACAAACUUUACACUAUUCUCCAUUGGUGGCGCGUGGAAAUCUCAAAUAUGGUGAUGGAGGGGAUUCGGGAAGAUAUGGGCGAUGGUAGCAUGCAAUGUGUGAAUCAUCCGUACAAAAACAGUAGCCCAGGAGGGGUUUGUGCGCUGUGUUUGCAAGAAAAGCUUGGGAAAUUGGUUUCUUCCUCUUUCCCUUCUGCCAUUUUCCCCUCUUCUUCUUCUUCUUCAACCCCUUCUGUUAGAUCUGAGAUUGGGGGUGCUAUUGCUUCAUCUCAGCCUGUUCAGAUGGCCAACAAGGCUGGGGAGUGUAAUAAUGGUGAUCAUCAUCAGUUUGAGGCUGCUAGGAAGCCCAGAAUACCCUUUCAGAGGAGGAAGAAGAAGGGGAAUAAUGGUGAGGCUUCUGGUACUGUUUUCAAGAGGAGUAAGUCUGCAAACACUCCAAGAAACAGGAUGGGUUUCUUGGAAAAUGAUGAGAAUGAUGGGGAUGAUAGUAUUAGCCCUAGGAAAAGGGGGUUUUGGUCAUUUCUCUACUACUCAGCAUCCAAGAAAAUUGAGAAGCCUGGUGGGGGGGUUAAAGAUUCCACCUUUCCCUCAUCAUCUGCCUCUGGGAAUGGCUCAAAUGUGGUGAGGGACAAGAAAAGAGAGAGCUUUGCAGUGGUGGAGGAGGAGAAUGAGAGGUCUGAUAAUCAGGGUGCCCAUGAGAGAAAGGUGUCAAGGUCCAGAUCUGUGGGGUGUGGGAGCAGGAGCUUCUCAGGGGACUUGUUUGAGAGAAUCUCAACUGGUUUUGGGGACUGCACUCUAAGAAGAGUUGAGUCUCAGAGAGAAGGGAAGCCCAAAGCCCCCUCUGUCCAGCACAGGAACAGUGGGGCUUCAGGCCAAGAUUGCAUCAGGGAAAGAGUCAAAUGUGGAGGGAUUUUCAGUGGUUUCAUGAUCAUUGCAUCCUCUUCAUCUUCCUCAUCAGAUUGGGUCUCUUCUGAAGAGAAUGGAAAGCCCACAAAUCCUACAAUCCCACCUUCAUCUGUGGAUCAUCAUCAUCAGCUAGCUCAUGGAAGGAGCAAGAACUGGGGAUGGGCACUUGCAAGUCCAAUGAGAGCUUUUACCAAGCCAUCAUCUACUGGGAAAACUGAAGCUUCAAACAAGAACACAACUCCCAACUUGGCUGCCAUUCCUUCUUUGUUGACUGUCAGAAGCUAGAACAAUGGCUUGGCCCCCUAUGAUGGAGUAAAUCAGCUAAUAAUACUACUAUAGAAAAUUUUUAAAUUUAAUCCUCUUCUUUAAAAUGUGUUUAUUAUUAUUAUUAUUAUUAUUAUUAUUAUCCUUGUUUGUAUCUGUUUGACAAUGUUCAGUAACCUAAGUUGAUAUUUAUGUCUAUUUCAUCUUUCUUUUGCUGUCAACACUGGGUUUGGAUUCCAUUCAUGGAGUUCAUGUCUGUUUCCAUUCACAACCACCUGAUUUUCUUGGAUGUGAUCCAAUCCAGUCAUGUAAUAUGCUCAUAGCAACAUUAUCAAUAAGAAUAAUUGCUCAUUUUGCCAAUGA